AUGCCGCAGCCAACGAGGCUGGACGACAGACAGCCCAUCAACCAAAGCCUCGCGGCAAGAUGCAUGCAAAUCCGUCUGACAAUUCGUCAGACAAUUGGCCCAGAGACCGACCGACAGACGGACAAACGGACAUACGGACAGACGGGCCGAUCUUUGCCUCGUCAGGCUCGUCUGCCUCGGAAUUGUAGACCCGAAAAUCAGGCGUCUUUUGUUGCGGUCUCAUUAGCUGUCUUGACUGAGCAGAUCAGCCGAUAG